AUGCCCCAUGGGGAACAGCCGGUCCCCGAAAUCCCACCGGACGCCCUCGCAGUGACAGCGGAUCUGCUGCGGCUGGUGCGGCGUGAGGCCAGUGAGGAGCGGAGGGAGGCGGGUGCCACAUGCCUGCUGCCGCCGCUUUUGGCGGCUCUGACCCGCCGCAACGAGGACGACGCGCGGCUCCGGCAGCUCCGGGGUCUGCGGCUGCCAACACCGCAGCUGGGGGUCCCGCCGGCCCCUCAGCACCCCAGCCAGCGACUGCUCCCGUGGCCCAGCGUGGCCGGGCCGUGGGUGCUGCCAGGCAGGGCCUUCGCCGAAGGGGUGACCCUGCGGCUGCACCCGCCGCUGUGCUGUGAUGCUGGGGAGGACACCGGGCUGGAGGACACCGGGCCGGAUCCCCUGGGCGUGCAGGAGCUUUACCAGGAGUUGGGCAGGGGCAGGGCCCUCCCCGCCGAGCGGCUGCAGUUCCACUGCGAUCCCCUGGUUGAGCCAGCAGCUGCCGUGGCGGAUCUACUCCCCAUGGGCGAGCGGGAACACCAAAAUGCUGGUGAGAUGCCGUGGCACGGGGGUGGCCGGCACGGGCAGCAGCAAAGCGUCUGCCUCUUUGAACGCCAAAACGCCGGUGAGAUGCCACAGCACGGGGACGGCUGGCACAGGCUGCGGCAAAGCGCCUACCUCUUUGAUGACUACCUUGAGUUUGUCGCGGCCACCGGCUCCGACUUCCUCCAUGCCAUUUUCCACCUGCAUGAUGGUGACGGUGAGGAGGAGCCGGUGAAAGCCCCACAGCCCCGCCACGAGACGGCACCAGUGCCGGCAGAGCCGUACGAGAAGGGGCUGUGGAAGCCGGUGCUGCCGGGACCGGCACCGGCAGGGCUGGAGCGGCUGCAGAGGCGCCUGUGCCGGCUCUGGGCCGUGCUGGGUGUCCCCAGCUGGGAGAGGCUGGAGAUGGCGGUGAAGUACGGUGCCGUCGGGGCCCUGGCGCGGCUGCCGGCAGCACUGGAGGCCUGGGAGGCAGCAGCCGACGGCAUCCUGCAGCGGGAGCUGCUGCUGGUGCAGCUGGAGCGGCUGGAGGAGCGCGGCUCUGACCCCGGACGCUUAUUCCGUGGGGGCCUGGCGUCAGCGACAGAACGUGCUGGGGAGGCGCGUGCCCGUGGCCGCCUGCAUGCCGCGCUGGCCCGGUGCGAGGCGCGGCUGUCGCCUGCCCUGCGACGCCUGAGGGACAGUUUUGGGGACACGGUGACUUUUCGGGGACGUCCCUACGCCGAGAAGAUGCGCCGGGACAUGGUGGAGAUGCUUUACCAGCUGCAGCAGCGCCGCCGCGCCGGGGCUCUCCAGGCUGCCCUGGGGGGGCAGCCACAGCAUCCCCCCUCCGGCACGGCGGGUGCCGAAACGCCGGGGUGUUAA